CCUACAUGUUUUACAGAAAUAUUAAUAAAAAUUGUAUAACAGUUUGAUAAAUAUGCACAUUACUGUAAAUAAAUUUAUUUAUCAAAACUCAUUAUAGAUCGACAUUCAAAAUGGACCAUAUAAGUCAAUAUAAUUGGUGCUUUUCACAACCUGACCUACAGUUUCUCAGAGUAGAGGACAUUGAAAAUAGUGUGACUGAAAAAAUUCUUCGUAACAAAUUCCGAGAUCCCUUGAUAUCAUCAAGUGAUUCUGACGAUGAGAAACCUUCUAUUGACUGGGAGAAAAUCUUCACCGAGAAACAAGCUGUGGACAAAUUCCGCAGGCUGUAUGUGCCAGGCUUAAGACAGGUGCCACAAUAUCCUAAGGUGUCAGCAAUCACUCAACAACAGCACUAUCAGUGUAUGAAAGUGCUCUGCCAUCAGAAUCCUAAUGUCCUUGAAUUGGAGUUCAUGCCGAGACCCACUAAAGGAGACUUCAGAGUGUUUGAAGAAAUAAAAGCUACAUAUGAAAAGGAACAAAAAGAGUAUCAAGAAUGGGCAAAGUCACUCUGGCUCACCAGCCAUUGUACCCGCGCCUUAAGACCAAAGCCACCCGUGGAAACUACUUAUGAAGCAAGAUUCAACAUGAAAGCCCACGAGUUUGUCUCAUAUCCCAGUAAUUAUAAAAUGGCUGCUCAAAUACCUCUAGACUUUGUUCAGUCUAGUGAACUCAUACAUGAUAAGGACUUAAUUAGUGUGAACAUAAAGGAUCUCCCGCAAAUACGAUGCGAGCCGCUGACCAAGCACCAGACUAUAAUGAAGCAUAUCCCUGUCCCCGAACCAUGUAACAAGCACAAGUGCAAGUUUGUACUGCCAAACGAGAAAUCAGUAACAGAGCUACCACUAACCGAAGUUCAGAGGGAACUGGCUCAGUAUGCUGCGGAUAAUAAUGCUCAGAUCAUAGCCACGGAGAGCGCUCUCAGAUGUCUGGUAGAGUUGGACCACAGCUGGAUGUUACCUGUUGCCGUGUGCGAGGUGUUUGGACCUGAUGGCGAUACAAAGAAAGUGGUAGUACUAGGUAGCGAUUUCGCUAUGCAGAAGGAAUCCGUACUCGUCAGAACAUAUAAGGCUUUUAAACUUCUAUUGGAACAUUUUUUGAUACCACCUUCGGAGAGAGGAAAACUCCUAAAUAGUCAGAACGAAACGAAACCAGAGAAUGUAACAACUGACAAACCCGUAAUUGACACAGGCUCAAGUGACGACGAGGAUAAUAAUAUGCUGUGUAUAGACGAAGCUGAAUUGCAAAUGGACGAUAGCGAUAGUGAGAACAAUUUAGUAAUUGACGAUAUGGACCCACAAAAUAUAGAAACGGAAGAAUUGAAUGGUCAAGCAGAAGAAAAAGAAGAGAAAGAUAAAGAAACAAAUACAAAUGUAGAUGAAGACAAGUCAGUUAAACAUACCAAAGAACGAAUAGGAAGGAAACAAAAUGACAAACCAAACAAGGAUGAAUUCUACAACUGUUGUUGUAAAGACACACAGUUCGAGAUGCCGCCGCGACGCUCGUACCGCAGGUGGCAGCUGCGGAGCGACACCGACACCUGCCACAUAAUAGUGCACUGCUCGCACCGGCUCAGGGACGAAAGCGGGGAGGUAGUAGUGGAGCCAAUACCGGAGUACCAGAUUGAUGUUGGCGCCAGCGAACUGUCCUCCGACCGAUCAGCUGCUCUGGCUCUAGCGCUGCGCCUACGUCCCGCCGCCACGCUGCUCACAGUGAGAGUGGACAACGCGACUGGUGACGUCAUCAGCUACGAGCGGCGCCGGCCGGCGGACGCGGACGCAACUGCGGCGCGACUCCACUCCGCAGUAACACAUCUCACGCAGCUCAACACGGGACAUUAUGUAUUGAAGCAUGAGCCAUCGCACGGCGCGAACGCUCUUCUGUACGCCACGUGCGGCGCGGGGGCGGAGCUAAGUCUAGUGCCGCAACGCGCGCCGCAGCCUGACGACGCGGCGCAGCUGCGAGUGCCGCCGACGUUAGCGCCAGUGCUGCUACCAGUACACAAGUUUCGCAAGCAGCUGCCGUGCGCUUUCAGUCCGUACGAGAAACAAGUUAAGCCGCCUCGACCGCAGCCGCGGCAGAAAACGCCGCCGCAAGCGAUUAAGUUGGACACGGGCACGGCGGCAGGCGGCAACAACAAGGUCUGCCGUAAAACCGACGUCGAGUAUAGCAUUACGUAACGUAUAGGUCCCAGCUUAUUGCACACGACCUAGUUGGGACAUUAUUAAGAAAGUUAUUGCUUAGGCUCAAUUUACACCGGCGCGGAAUGGAAACGUCAAUUUCGCCUAAUGACGCGAGAAUUCGCAGGAAUGCUCAAGACUUCCCUGGAAUGCUCGAGACUUCCCUGGAAUGCUUGAGACUUCCCGCGAAUUCCCAUGUCAUGAGGACAUUAAAUUGUUUAAUCUGUAUCUUUUAAUUGACUAGUUCGCGCCACUUCCCGCGGAUCCCACAGACGGCACCGGAGAAUUCUAGAGAAUUUCGCGGAAGACGCGUGCCCAAUUUUUUCGCUCGUAUUAAAUUUGUGUGUUAUACUGUUGAUAUAAAGUUCAUUAUGCUAUCUACAGUUUUGUUGCAAGUCGCUUCCGUUCCAUUCCGUGGCGGUAUAAAUUGAGCCUGACGUCAUUUCAAGUUGAU